AAAAGCUUAAGGGUCUCUGCUUCUGCGGGCGGUACCUGCCACGUACGCCAUAGCUUAGUAACUAGUAUUAACCGGUUGGGCUUCUGCUUCCUGAAUACUCAGUCUUUUUUUCCCUUAUGCUGAUUAAUUUCAAGAUGGAGGAGACAGCCACGUUCCUUCUCUAGACAGUUUCACCAUACUUAUUCCACAGGUAAUUUUCCACUUGUUCAUCAAGAUGGAAAACUCAGAUUCUAACGACAAAGGAAAUGGUGAUCAGUCUGCCGCACAGCGCAGAAGUCAAAUGGACCGAUUGGAUCGGGAAGAAGCUUUCUAUCAAUUUGUGAAUAACCUGAGUGAAGAAGAUUAUAGGCUUAUGAGAGAUAACAAUUUGCUAGGCACCCCAGGUGAAAGUACUGAGGAAGAGUUGCUAAGAAGACUACAACAAAUUAAAGAGGGUCCACCACCACAAAACUCAGAUGAAAAUAGAGGUGGAGACUCUUCAGAUGAUGUGUCUAAUGGUGACUCUAUAAUAGACUGGCUUAAUUCUGUCAGACAAACUGGAAAUACAACAAGAAGUGGACAAAGAGGAAACCAAUCUUGGAGAGCAGUGAGCCGGACUAACCCAAACAGUGGUGAUUUCAGAUUCAGUUUAGAGAUAAAUGUUAACCGUAAUAAUGGGAGUCAAAAUCCGGAGAAUGAAAGUGAGCCAUCUGCAAGACGCUCUAGUGGAGAAAAUAUGGAAAACAACAGCCAAAGGCAAGUGGAAAAUUCACGAUCUGAAUCUACAUCUGUAAGGCCAUCUAGAUUAGAACGUAAUUCAACUGAAGCAUUAACAGGAGAAAUCCCACCUACGAGAGGUCAGAGGAGGGCAAGAAGCAGGAGCCCUGACCAUCGGAGAACCAGAGCCAGAGCUGAAAGAAGUAGGUCACCUCUGCAUCCAGUCAGUGAAACUCCGCGAAGAUCUCACCAUAGUACCUCAUCUCAGACUGUGGAGCAUUCUUUGAUAAAUGAGACUGAGGGAAGUUCUAGAACCCGGCACCAUGUGACACUGAGACAGCAAAUAUCUGGACCUGAGUUACUAAGUAGAGGUCUUUUUGCAGCUUCUGGAACAAGAAAUGCCUCUCAAGGAGCAGGUUCUUCAGACACAGCAGGCAAUGGUGAAUCCACAGGAUCAGGACAGAGACCUCCAACUAUAGUCCUUGAUCUUCAAGUGAGAAGAGUUCGUCCUGGAGAAUAUCGGCAAAGAGAUAGCAUAGCUAGCAGAACUCGAUCUAGGUCUCAGACACCAAACAACACUGUCACUUAUGAAAGUGAACGAGGAGGUUUUAGGCGUACGUUUUCACGUUCUGAGCGGGCAGGUGUGAGAACCUAUGUUAGUACCAUCAGAAUUCCCAUUCGUAGAAUCUUAAAUACUGGUUUAAGUGAGACCACAUCUGUUGCAAUUCAGACCAUGUUAAGGCAGAUAAUGACAGGUUUUGGUGAAUUAAGCUACUUUAUGUACAGUGACAGUGAUUCAGAGCCUAGUGGCUCAGUCCCAAGUCGAAAUACGGAAAGGGCAGAGUCACGGAAUGCAAGAGCAGGUUCUGGUGGUAGUAGUAGUUCUGGUUCCAGUUCAAGUUCCAGUUCUAAUUCCAGUUCUAGUUCCAGUCCUAGUUCCAGUUCUACUGGUGAAAGUUCAGAAUCUAACUCAGAGGUGUUUGAAGGAAGUAAUGAAGGAAACUUAUCAUCAGGCUUAUCAGGUACCAGGCGAGAGGGUCGACAUAGGGCCCCAGUCACAUUUGAUGAAAGUGGUUCUUUGCCCUUCCUUAGUCUGGCUCAGUUUUUCCUCUUAAAUGAGGAUGAUGAUGACCAACCUAGAGGACUCACCAAAGAACAGAUUGACAACUUGGCAAUGAGAAGUUUUGGUGAAAAUGAUGCAUUAAAAACCUGUAGUGUUUGCAUUACAGAAUACACAGAAGGCAACAAGCUUCGUAAACUACCUUGUUCUCAUGAGUACCAUGUUCACUGCAUUGAUCGCUGGUUAUCUGAGAAUUCCACCUGUCCUAUUUGUCGCAGAGCAGUCUUAGCUUCUGGUAACAGAGAAAGUGUUGUGUAAUUAAGAUUUGAACUCUCAGCUAUGUAGCUGGUAUAGUGAUGGGCAAACAGGAAUCCCUUGCUUUUAUGUCCACUUUUUGAGUGGUACUUAAAUGUAAAGAAACAACCUGAAUUGAGUCAUUGCUUUCUGAAGAAAUCAUUGUCCUUUCUCCAGUUUUUCUUUUAGAAUAAAAGGAAAUAUUUAAAAAGUAAUGUUUUAGGAUCUAAAAAUCCUGAUUCCAAUACCAGGUGAAUUGGUAGCAGCUCUGUUACUGAUAAUUUAUCAUAUACACUUGUCAGUUUCUCCUUUGUUAUCUUAAAAGAUCUGCCUUAGCAAUGGCUCUUGUCUGUUUCAUAUUGAUCUUUAAAGUUUUCCACGCCAUAGGAGAGAGGGGCGGAGGAAAUUCCCAGUUUAGACUAAGUUACAGUCCCUGUUUCAUGAGUGAUUACUUAGAGCUGUAUCAUUCCCAGUUACUAGUUGAUGCACAUUCAGCCACAUUCUGAAGAUCAUUUAUUCACUUUUCAGACUAGAUGAUAUCAGACAUGUCAGUGUAAAUAACACUAAGUUUAGGAUCUUCUAAGUGUAUAACUGUUUCCUAAGCCCAUCACUAAGGCGCACUGUAGAGUGAGCUUGUAGUUUAAUUGAGAUAAUUUAUCUUGUGGAAAUAUUAAAAAACCUAUGCUUGUGUAAGUGAAAAAAUUACAUUCAUUUGUUUAAAAAUGUAAAGCUAUUUUGUAGAGGCUCAGUACUUUUCCAAUGCACUGUUAUAUUAAUGCAUUAAAAAUUGUAAAGUACCAUGCUUA